GCUAUGUGCGGCUCAGGAUAUUGUUGUACUUGAUAAAAGUAUUUGUAGUAUUAUACUUAUUCCGUUUAGUGAAUAAGGAUCUUUGUUUGUGAAUAGAUAUUUUAAUUUAAUCUUUCAAGAUGACAAUGCGAACAUUUGGAGAGAAACCAACAGCAUUUCAACUUGAGGAAGGAGGAGACUAUUACUAUAUUGGAUCAGAAGUGGGAAAUUACCUUCGAAUGUUUCGAGGUUCUCUUUAUAAAAAGUACCCAUCCUUGUGGAGACGUUUGGUGACAGUAGAUGAAAGGAAAAAAAUUGCUUCAUUAGGUUUGGGACCUCACAGCCUUGCUACGAAUAUUACCUUAUUGCGAGCUGUAGAAGUUGAUGAAAUAUUUGAGGGAAAUGAUGAUAGAUAUAAAGCUGUUUCAAUAAGUACUGAACCUCCUCUACCUAGGGAGACAAAGUCUAAGAGAACAACAUGGAUGCCAGCAUUACCGAAUAGCUCUCAUCAUCUUGAUGCUGUACCCUGCUCUACUCCUAUCAACAGGAACAGAAGUGGUCAUAAGAAAGUCCGUACAUUUCCUCAUGUAUAUGAUGAUUUGGAUCCUUCUGUUAUCCAUGAAAACUCUUCCCAGCCAGAAGUUCUAGUCCCAAUCCGACUUGACAUGGAGAUUGAUGGACACAAGCUUAGAGACACUUUUACUUGGAACAAAAAUGAUUCUCUCAUCACUCCAGAGCAGUUUGCAGAGGUUUUGUGUGAUGAUUUAGAUCUGCCACCACUAUCCUUUGUUCCAGCUAUUGCACAGUCUAUAAGACAACAGAUCGAUGCUUUUCCCACUGAUAAUCUUCUUGAUGAACAGACAGAUCAGAGGGUCAUCCUUAAGUUAAACAUCCAUGUCGGCAACAUCUCCUUGGUUGAUCAGUUUGAAUGGGACAUGUCUGAGAAGGAAAACAGUCCUGAACAGUUUGCCCUAAAGCUCUGUUCAGAACUUGGUUUAGGAGGGGAGUUUGUAACUGCAAUAGCCUAUAGUAUUCGUGGUCAGCUUUCUUGGCACCAGAGGACGUAUGCAUUCAGUGAGGCUCCUCUGCCUACAGUAGAUGUUCCUUUCCGGAGCCAGACAGAAGCUGACCAGUGGUGUCCAUUCCUUGAGACCUUGACUGAUGCCGAGAUGGAGAAAAAGAUAAGAGAUCAAGACCGAAACACGAGGAGGAUGAGGAGACUAGCAAACACAGCCCCUGCCUGGUGAAACCAUUAGGAGCACAUCGAGCUAGUACCAAUUUGUGGAAUGUUAUUAGAGAUGUGAUUCUUGUAUUACUAUAAAAUCGUGUACUCUUCAUUUUUUAUUUUUUGUAAACAAUGUGUAACUGUCAAUAUACUAA